UUUAAUUUAGAAUAGUGCUUGGUGGAUUGACAGCAUGGUGCCAAUUACUCAGUUACAAUCUUCUUUCCGAUUCGUUCAAGUAGUGUCCAGAAAUGCCAAGCUUGUUUUCGUAUUUUUUCAACGCACUAGAGACAGAAAGAGAGAGAAACGUUUGAUAAGCGAGUUUUGAGCGAUGUUAUCACCAUAGCAGGGUAGUUGCUUGUAGCACAUGUGGCUCAGUGUCUCCCCAAACCACAUAACCGUUGUCAGAUCAUCAUUUUCUCUAUUGUUUUUCAAGAAGUCAGAACAGCUGGCGAACAAUUUCAGUUAGAGCUGUUUUAACCAAUCAGUACACGUUUUAAGAUAUGCCAAUCCCAAACGAGCCAAUCAGCAAAGAGGGAGUCAGUUCCAAUUACAUGUGCUUGCGAUACAUAUUCACCUAUGAUCGUCAGCAAGCAAACGAACAGCGUAUUUGAUUGUAAUUAUGGGAAUAAUUUUGCAGUAAUCCUUGUCACCCUGUAGUUCUGUUUUACAUAGUCUUUAAGUUGGAUGAUGCGAUUUGAUGAURGUCUAAUCUCAACCGCAAAAUAUACAUUUCAAAAGUAAUCCCAAUGUUAAAUGUUUAAUAACAUCGAUCUCGUUAAUUCAUGCCAUACUCAUGUAUCAAGCAUUGUAUUGUUCUGUGUCUCUGACGCUGUGUUUUACUCCGAGUAUCAAACACACACAAGAAUUCCGACUUCGCAAAUAUUUGAGACAUUGACGAUCGAGGUCUGGGGGAGAUGAUCUCACGGAGUAUUGACGAUGUUAUUCGAUAGUCUCAACUGCAGCUAAAAGGUGCUUUUAGUCAAAGAAGAUGGUGGUAUGGACAUAUCUUUGUUUUGUUUGUCUGAUUCUCCGUGAUGUUUUUCUAACAAAAGCUGCUAAUCCUAGCCCCGAACAAACACUGAUUCGAGAACUACUGACCGGUUACAACCCUAACGGGAGACCUGUGCUUCUCUACAAUAAAACUAUCAAAGUGAAGUUUGGACUGGAAAUCGUACAGAUAAUUGAUGUGGACACUCGGUACCAGACCAUCAAAACAAAUGUAUGGAUACGGCAGCGAUGGAAGAACGAUAUACUUAAUUGGAACACAACAGGAUACCAAGGCUUAARGACAAUCACACUAGAACCCUACUCAAUAUGGACGCCAGAUAUCGUACUAUACAACAGUGGUGAUAGCAAGUCUAAGAGUGGAGUAGAAAAGUUCAAGACACGUGUUAUCGUAAACCACGAUGGUUCAGUGGCCUGGUUCAGCCCUGCUUUAUACAUAACAACAUGCUCCAUGGACAUCACGUACUUCCCUUUUGAUCAACAAACCUGCACAAUGAAAUUCGGCUCUUGGACUUUCAUGGAGACUCAAGUAGACAUCUUUCCWUCAAAUGAACCAAUAUUCAGUGAYAAAUACAUACCAAGCACAGAAUGGCACGUAGUGUCGGCAUGGAAACAAAGAAAAACUGCAAACUACACAUGUUGCGAGAAACCGCUGUCUUUUCUUGAGUUCGAAAUGAUGAUUCGCCGUCGACCUCUUUUUUACGCGUUCAAUUURAUUACACCKUGUUUUAUAUUCUUGAGCGUCGUUUUGUUAGGUUUYUGUCUCCCUCCRGAAUCUCGUGAACGCAUCACAUUAAACAUCACUGUACUUCUUGCAAUGGCCGUGUUCAUGCAGUUGAUGGCCAARUCUCUUCCACGAAAUGCCGACACUACACCUCUCCUAGGCAGGUUUUAYAUCACAAUCAUGACCGAGAUUGCGUUGUCUUUGAUAGCAACGUGUUUUAUCUUAAAUAUCUACCAUGGCCACUUUGGUGCCGUUCCCACAUGGGUGGAAGUAGUGGUUCUCCAUUGGUUAGGCGCUGUCCUAUGUGUUCGUCGUCCGCGCACCGAUUUGAUGCUUGGAAAAAAAGAUUUGGAACUCGAAAAGAUGAACCUCGUUUUGAACGYAAACCAUAAGCAGACCGAAAGUGGAAGUGACAUCACUAUACCAAUAAUGAAUGGGCAUGUUCAGGGUUCUYCCGCCGCUGGACAGAARUUUACGACAAAAAUCAUGUACAACGAUGGACURCCGCUGACCACAUUCCUGAAAAAUCGAAGUGCGUCGAUGAGUCGGUCUCACGACUCUUCGACAAGCGUCAUGGGACUGGUAUCGACAUUUCGAGAAUCGAAACGACGACGAGAACGACGAAGACUGAAAUGGAAACACGUCGCAAUGGUGGUAGAUCGUUUGAUUUUCUGCAUCGUUGUUGUUACAACAGUCAUAUCAAUCUCGGCCGUGUUUAGAGAGAGAAUACGYCAGUCUUUUGGYGAAGAGUACAAGUCUUGACACAGCCGACAACUGACGAUAAAGAGAUCAACAAAACAAAAUCUUUUUUACGAUAAAGURGCAGCUGUCGAUUCAAUCACUGUUGCUUUAUUGUCAAAGUUAUACGAGGGAAGAUACUGCGCUAAGCAAACUGACAAAGUCAASCAGUCACCAGGUAUUUUGAUCCUCGCUCACUACGAUAAAAUGACAGUAAUACUCUUUGUUUUAUCUCAACAAAAUUUGCAAGUUGCUUGGACUUCCUCUCUUUGAAAACAUCAUAGAUAUUUAUUUUUCUAUAAAGUUGUAGAGGAAGAAAAGAGGUCAUUAAGUAGUUUCAUGUUUGGACCUCCUGUGUCUACAAAAUGAGGGGUAAUGGUGAAGACAAUAGUUGAGUUCCAGGCCCCUCUCAGACGCAGGAUAUAGUAAUUUAUCGUCAUCGUCUCGAUAGUUUCUUGAAAAGAGUAAAAUUGUAGAUUAAUUGUAAUAAGCAGAGUUUAAUGUGUAUCAAGUGUUUAACUUUGUAUCCAAAAUGUUAUAUAGGAUAAAGUUGAGAUUUUCAUAAAAUUAGAAUAAAACAACUUCUGCAUGAAAAGCAAUCCAAUUAAAACAGAAAGUAGAGCGUUUUGGCUGAUCUCCGCGGUAGGCAAAACAUCGAUGCAAGCAGAUAGUGUCCUACUGAAAAUAGGCAAACCGCCACUUUUAAACCUCUCUUCGCUUUGUAGUAAUCAAUUGUAAUUGAUGUAUGAUAAUAAGAAAAUAUACGCGUAUCAUAACGCUAAUAACAUUGAUAGUUAAUACAGUAAUACUAAYAACAAAAAUAAUAAUCAUUGUAGUGAGAAUAAAAUGACAUUUCUAUCUAAUAAUCGUUGGUGAUA